UAGCAUUAUUCGACGCCAAUGUACACCCCGCAUAUUCUCUCUCUCCCAAACAACAAGUACUAGCUCAAACUCAUCAAAGAGCUUGUCAAAAAAAAAAAAACUCAUCAAAGAGGAAGAAAGAAGGAGCCGUCACCAGUAAACCAUCCACUGUGAUUUGACUCCAAUUUCCCCUCUUUCUACGUCUUUCUUUCUCUCGAUCCAAGAAAUACCCAGGUGUCCCUCUCUCACUAUCUACGCAACUUUCUUAUACCCACCAGUUUGCUCUGUUCUCCUCGUUUACAGAUUCAAGAACUGAGACUUCUGGGUUUCUUGUUUUUUAGUUAGAAAUCCUGGGUUUUGCGAAAUGGGUAGCUCGGAAGAGAAGGUGGUUGCUGUGAUCAUGGUCGGUGGACCCACCAAAGGUACUGAAUUCAGGCCGGUUUCGUUUAAUAAUCCAAAGCCUCUGUUCCCUUUAGCUGGUCACCCCAUGAUUCAUCACCCCAUUUCGGCUUGUAAAAGGAUACCCAAUUUGGCGCAAGUUUUUCUUCUUGGAUUCUACGAGGAGCGAGAAUUUGCACUAUAUGUCUCUUCGAUCUCUAAUGAGCUUAAAGUCCCAGUGAGGUACUUGAGAGAAGAUAAACCCCAUGGGUCAGCUGGUGCCCUGUAUUACUUCAGUGAUCUGAUUAUGGAAGAUUCCCCGUCGCAUAUUUUCCUGCUGAACUGUGACGUGUGUUGCAGUUUUCCCCUGCCAGACAUGCUUAACGCCCAUAGAAGGUAUGGUGGGAUGGGCACGUUGUUAGUGAUCAAGGUUUCUGCUGAAUCAGCUAACCAGUUUGGUGAGUUGGUUGCAGAUCCAAUCACCAAUGAGCUGUUGCAUUACACGGAGAAACCUGAGACUUUUGUGAGUGAUUUAAUAAACUGUGGUGUAUAUGUCUUCACUCCGGGAAUUUUUGGGGCCAUUCGCGAUGUCUCCUCACACCGCGAAGACAGAGCUAAUAUACGGCGAGUAUCCAGCUUUGAAGCCCUUCAGUCAGCAACCAGGACUCUUCCAACAGACUUUGUAAGAUUGGAUCAAGAUAUCCUGUCACCUCUUGCCGGAAAGAAGCAAUUGUAUACAUACGAGACUCUGGACUUCUGGGAACAAAUCAAAACACCAGGGAUGUCUUUGAAGUGUUCUUCUCUAUACCUUGCGCAAUUUCGACUUACUUCUCCCCAUCUGCUAGCUAGAGGAGAGGGCACUAAAAGUGCUACAGUUAUUGGUGAUGUUUAUGUGCAUCCAUCUGCAAAAAUCCAUCCAACUGCAAAGAUUGGCCCGGACGUUUCAAUUUCAGCAAAUGUUCGUAUAGCGGCGGGUGUAAGGCUUAUAAAUUGCAUCAUCUUAGAUGACGUCGAUAUAAAGGAAAAUGCAGUUGUCAUGCAUGCUAUUGUUGGAUGGAAAUCUUCCAUCGGGAAAUGGUCGCGUGUCCAGGCUGAAGGAAACUUCAACGCCAAGCUUGGAAUUACCAUUCUUGGAGAGGCUGUGACGGUUGAAGAUGAAGUCGUUGUGACUAACAGUAUUGUUCUCCCGAAUAAGACACUUAAUGUCAGUGUACAAGCGGAGAUAAUUUUGUGAAAGACAAGAAAAUUGAUCAUGUCUUGCUUGGAAUCCAUGCGGUCCUGUAUACUUGCGGCUCUUGUAUUUUUUUUUUUUUUUCGAGAGUAAUUAGAGGUAUGACAUAAUAGUAAUUCACCUUACCGAAGUAUAGCCUCAACAAGGAAACAAUUUUUGUUACUACAUAAAAUGUUUGAAAGCUGAUCGCUUAUUUCUAAACAAGUACAGAUAAGGACAGAAAAUGAGAUUCAUGUGCCUUGGCAUAGCUUUGAUGUGAAUUAGAUGGGAUUGGUGCCAGUGUGACUCUUAACUGAGAGCACUUGCAAGGAAGAUCUUUUAUUUGCCCGGACCACUUUAUGUUCUAUUCGGUUAUUCUCCGAGUUCAAUAUUGACAAAGGGUAACUGUAUGCAUUUUGCUCCUUUCUAAA